GAAAAAAAUUACUAUCCAACUGCUUAUCAAGCAACAGCAUCAAGCAACGCCUCCAAGGGGCAAUAAAUACCCGGCAUACCACGCCCGUGACGGACUGAAAACGCAGUCAACACUUUUCUCAGGGGCAGCCUUUUUUCCCCAGGGCUCGUUCUCCAUCUCAUUGCCUUCAACAGCUGCAACAAAUUUACCCCGCCAUCAUGUCCUCCUCCGAACCCCGCGAUCCCCACGACCUCCAGAUCGACGACAUGGACGAAAUGCUCGACGCAGACGACAUCGCCGAGGAGAUUCCCGAGGACGAUGACCACGCCAUGGACUCGGAUGACGAUGGCCAGCAGGAGAUCAUCCAAAACGACUCCAUCGCCUACUUUGAUGAAUGUCCACAUUCCCUCUUCUCAAUCGCCCAGCACCCCGUCCACCCGAGCCUCAUCGCUGUUGGAGGCUCUGCCGGCAGGGAGCAGUCAGACGGCGGUGUGGGUUGGGUUUUCGACACCUCCGUUAUCCCGCCACCCCCUGUCCUGCCUGCUAGCUACGAGAGCGACCCUGCCGCCCGCGAGAACACCCAGCUGAACUCGCUCGUCAGCAUCGAGGGCCACUCGGAUACGAUCAACGCACUGGCCUGGACACUCCCCAGAGGCGAAUUCCUCGUCAGUGGCGGUUACGAUGGCCGUUUACGAGCCUGGAAGGCCACGGUGGAGCCUGGUUCGCCCUUCCAGAUGGAAUUGUUCGGCGAAAACGAGGAAACGACCGAGAUCAACUGGAUCGAGCCCUGCCCGUCCCCUGCUUACCCCAACCACAUCGCCGUGGGCACCACCACCAAACCCAAGAAAUCCAGCUCCAAAGAAUCCGACUCCGAAGAAUCCAACCCCGAAGAAUGGGACCACCUCGUCUGGGUCUACAAGAUCGAUCCCUCCAACACCAACAACCCUCUCGAGAUGGUGAAUUGCUACGUCCGCAACAAUGGCGCCUCCACUGCGGGUGCGUGGACCCAUGACGGCUUACUACUAGCCACCGUCGCCCAAGACAGCAGCCUCUACGUAUGGGAUGUCUGGGGCGAGGCCGCUGCCAAGGGCCUGGGUGCAGGCAAAGACCGGCCUCUUGUCGCUUUAACCAGCACAAAUGAAAAGUUCUACGUCGAGGGCGGACUGCUCUCCAUUGCUAUGGAUCCCCAUGGCGCCUGGGUUGCUGUUGGUGGUGGUUGUUCUCGUGAUGAAAAAUCGAAGUCGGGUGGUGGGUUCAUCAGGAUCAUUUCUCUCCCGCGCUUCGCCGCUCGUGGUAAGAAGGCCUCUGUCAAACCAAAGGCUGGUGGCGAGAUUAUCGGGUCCUUUGCGCAUAGCGAUGAGGGGAUCGAAACACUCAGCGUAACCAUCGCCUCAGUAGCUCCUCCCAUGACCCUUCUCGCCGCCGGCUCCAACGCCGGCUCCAUCGCUGUCUAUGACAUGACACAUUAUUCUCAGCGCCGCCUCAUCCCGUCCGCACACGAUGACUACUCCGUCGUCAAGGUUGAGUUCAUCCGCAACACCUGGCUGCUGACCAGUUGCGGUACGGACGGCGUCGUGCGCCGCUGGGACCUGCGCGGCCGAGGCUCUGCCGAAAAGGAGUGGAAGGGCCACCGCCCCCUAAUGGAAAAGAAGAACUACAACGCCGACGGCGAGGAGAAGGGAGGCGGCGGCGAGGAGGGUGGUGUCAUGGGCUUUGUCCAUGGCGAGACUGGCGAGGAGGUAGUAACGGUUGGUGAUGACGCCCUGAGUUUGGUCUUUAGGAGGUGAUGGUGUCAAAGUGGGUUAAAAGAAAGCAUGUUAAUGAGCACAUUAGCGUACAUAGAAGGUGGAAGACUGCGAGGUAUUACGACAAUCAAUGAUCCAAAAUCAAUCCGAGAGGAUGAUGCCCUAGAUGGUAGCCAACAUCACUGAUGUUCCUUCCGUGGUAUUUUUCAGGGACUACAGGAAGCCUAAUCCGCUCCAGAAGAAGCUUCAACCAGAAAACCGAUGCGGAUGACGAUGCCAAACAAGCAAAGCACAUAGUUCAUUUUGUAACUGUCAUCGCAUGUAAAUGCCACAAACCACUUUCUCUUUAUACCAAUGUUGAGACUAGUUGGCUUCCGUAGCCACCAAGU